AUUAUCGUGCCAAUAAGCUUGAAUUCGGUGAUUAUAAAGUCAAUUUGUCUUUGAUUAGAUAGGAAAUUAUGAAAUGAGUUGGCACAUCGUAUCGGUGUAAAUCCCUAUUUGCUUUUAAUUGUCCCUUCAGAGAUUCCGGGGAGUUAGAACACCUCCAGCAGAGGCUUUUAGAGAAAGUUCUAAAAAAAAACCUAAAAAAAUAAAUAAAAAAAAGAUAAAACAGGAGAACCCCUGCUAUUAUAUGGCUUUUGGAAUUGAAAUCUAGUCCUAGUUCCUAGUUGUUGUUCUCUUCCUCCAAAUCCGCCCAUGAAAUCAAGGUGAAGAUUCCAAUUCUUUGAGUUUUUUGUAUUGAUUUGAAGCUUGUGAAUCUAGUUGGAAUUAAAAUUUGGUUUUGAUGAUGAAACAAAUUAUUGUCUGAACUUCUUCCAUUAACCAAUGACGAAAGAGAAGAAAAAGGAUAAUGUCAGAUAUAUGAAUGUCGAGUUCAACGUAUCGAUGCAUUGCAACGAAUGCGAGAGAAAAAUCGCCAGAGUUAUCUCUAAAUUCAAAGGAGUUGAAACAUUUACGACGGAUAUGAAUAGUCACAAGGUUGUGGUCACGGGAAGGCUUGAUCCUAAGAAGUUGUUGAAGAAACUCAAGAAGAAGACAGGCAAGAGAGUGAAGAUUGUAGCGAAGGAUGUCACAAACCGGUUAAGUCAAAAGCCGUCCAAUUCAUGCAAGGCCGAUGCCUUUGCUUCUUUGUUCGCAGGCAGCUUGCGGAGGCUGGUGUACAUGUUGUGAUGGCUGUGAGGAACACAAAGGCAGCUCAUGAGCUGAUUCAGCAAUGGCAGAACUAGUGGUCUGGCAAAGGUCUCCCACUUAAUGUCGAGGCAAUGGAACUUGAUCUUCUUUCACUGGAUUAUGUUGCGAGAUUUGCUGGUGCACGCUCGUUUAGGACCUUUGCAUGUUUUGAUUAACAAUGCCGGCAUAUUUGCUAUGGGAGGUUGGUUGUAUUACCCUUUUAGCUACAAAGCAUUUGAGCCUUUCCCUCUGUUUUGAUUCCUUCUUGGGUUUUCACCAUCACUACUACACCAUUCAUCAUCAUCAAUGUUCUAAUUUGAUGGACCCAAUUAGUGACAACUGGCAUGCAUAGCAUUGAUUUCAAA